AUGGCCCCCAAUUCCUACCCAGCAAUCCCUACCCAGCAGUCCCGACCCAGCAGUCCCGACCCAGCGGUCUCAACCCAGCGGUCCCUACCCAGCGGUCCCUACCCAGCGUUCCCUACCCAGCUGUCCCUACCCGGCGGUCCCUACCCGGCGGUUCCUACCAGGCGGCCCCUACCCGGCGGCCCCUACCCAGCGGUCCCUACCCAGCGGUCCCUACCCAGCGGUCCCUACCCAGCGGUCCCGACCCAGCGGUCCCAACCCAGCGGUCCCUACCCAGCGGUCCCUACCCAGCGGUCCCGACCCAGCGGUCCCGACCCAGCGGUCCCUACCCAGCGGUCCCUACCCAGCGUUCCCUACCCAGCUGUCCCUACCCAGCGGUCCCUACCCAACGUUCCCUACCCAGCUGUCCCUACCCAGCGUUCCCUACCCAGCGGUCCCUACCCAGCGGUCCCUACCCAGCGGUCCCUACCCAGUGGUCCCUACCCAGCGGUCCCUACCCGGCGGUCCCUAUCCAGCGGUCCCAAUCUAGCGGUCCCUACCCAGCGGUCCCAAUCUAGCGGUCCCUACCCAGCAGUCCCAACCCAGCGGUCCCUACCCAGUGGUCCCUACCCAGCGGUCCCUACCCAGCGGUCCCUACCCAGCGGUCCCUACCCAGCGGUCCCUACCCAGUGGUCCCUACCCAGUGGUCCCUACCCAGCGGUCUAG